AUGAAGAUCAUUGGUGGAGUCAAAGAGUCAUUAAGGAAAGUUUUGUUGAGAGGUGAAUUUGAUGAGUUUCCAAAUGAUAAGAAAAUGCAUUGUAAAGCUAGGUUAGUUGAGAUGCUCAAUGGUUUUUCAGAUGAGCUUAAGAAGUGUCCAGCUAGUGACCCAACUCGAAAUUUCUUAAUGGAUGAGAUAAAGCAUUUGGAAGAAGCUAAAGAGAUUUCACUUCCUAACUUUCUUCCUAGGAAUAUAUUUCUCUCCAUAUUGCAAGAAAAGGUUAAUGGGAUUUCGAGUAUUCCCAAGGCUUUUGUGAAAAAGCUAUUUGGUUAUGUAGAAGAAGUUGUUAUGACUGUUUUGAUGAGUCAUGUUCAACACUAUAAUCAUCUUCAAAUCUCAGCCAAAAGAGCUGGACUUUAUAUGAUUGAGAAGAUGAAAGGAAAAUCCAUGAAGUGGGUUAAGGAGAUUGUGGAGAUGGAGAAGUUGACUGAUUAUACUUGUAACCCCGAAUUCGAAACCAACUGGAAGAAGUUCAUGGCACAAAAGGAUGUGUUCUUGAGUAAUGUCAACAUCCAAAAUUCUAUCAAUAUUGAAGGUUUUGGCACAGUUGACUUGGUCAACCCAAGGAAGUCUCCUCACUUGUUACCUCAAGCUUCUGACUUGAGGAUGAGAUUGGUGGCUUAUUGGAGCAUUGUACAAAGAAGGCUUGUUUACUCAAUGGCUCUACAUUUACAACUGAGUACUGUUCAUAGGCUUGUGAAUGAGAAUUUGGAAAGAGAGCUUGUGAGUCAAAUUAUGGGUUCAAAUGAAAAUGGAUUGAUGAGAAUGUUGGAGGAGUCACCCUCGGUUGCUUCAAAAAACUCAAGGAGUGUAAGGAAAUCUUGGCCCAAAUUAGUCUUGUAA